AUGACUUCUUAUAUGACACGGAAUCCUAUUGGCCGUGAUCCUAUGUAUGAUGACCGCCGUCCAGAGAGUUAUGUCAGCCGUCCAGUGCCCAGGGUGAAGCCAGAGGCCUCCCACAUAGCCACUGCCCAACAGGGAGGCUCUAUAGGUUUUAUGCUGGGGAUAACAGGCAAGGCUAUGGGUCCAUCAAAGUGGAAAAAGAAUGAUCCACCUAAAGACCACUUUUCUGAGAAUGUGAAAAGGAUGAGGCAGAUACAGAGAAAGUCAAGGAAAAAGGAACAGGAGGCAGCCCAGCCACCAACUCCAGUCAAAGCCCUGUGGAAGUCUGAAAAAUUUAAAGAUGUCCAGUCCAAAGUUGUUGAAGAGUUAGAGAAAGAACCACCUGCACCAAGGCCACAUUCAGCAAAUUUCUUACGAUCACAUUCACGAUGUGGUGCUAUAUCUAAGGAACCACGUGCACCAUCCCCCGUACGGUGCCAGGCACCUGAGCACCGUGGAAAGUCUCCAAUACCAAGACCAUCUAGUGCUGCUGAUACGCUUAAAAGAAACAAUUUUGACUUCAUCAGAAUCAAUGGUCACAAUGCUAAGUACUCUCAAAUGAAGCGAGCCCCUAGCCUCACUGCAUUGGAUGAUCUGAAGAAGAAAAAAGAAGAGGAAUUACAACAAUAUGAAAGAGGGAAAGUUCCUAAAUACUUGCAAGACCGUAAACAGCAAUGGAAAAAGGAGAUAGAGGACCGCAUUAAAAACCGUCCAGACCCUGACCUCCCCCCAGGACACAAACUCAUGCCCAAGGAGGAGAGGCUGGUCACUCUGGGCCAGCUUAAAGAGACACAAGCAGAACUGCUGNAUUAUACCCCUGUCACGUGUACGGUCCAUUCUGCGUGA